AGCGUCUCUUUUCGAAGAAAAACAAAUUUCUCGCUCCCCUAACCUUCCCCCGUUCCACGGCUCCCCCACCACGCCGCCGUUCCCUUCGAGGCGCCACGCCCCCGUCCCCCGCAACCGCAACCAGAUCUACUCUCCACGCCGCGCCGCGCCGCCGUCCUCUCACCACCUCCUCGACCGCCCUCGGUUCCUCCGCGAGCAAACAACAAAAAUGGCGGCGGCGGCGGCACCUCAGCGUCCGAGGAUGAGGACGGCGUCGCGGUGCACGGCGGAGACGGCGCACGCCACGCACACGUUCGAGGUCGACGGGUUCAGCCUGCACAAGGGUCUCGGCGCGGGCCGCUUCAUCCGGUCCGCCGCCUUCACCGUCGGCGGCUUCGACUGGUGCGUCCGCUUCUACCCCGAUGGACUCCACAGAGGGGAUGGCAGAGACUCCUUCUGUAUCUGUCUGGAGCUUCUGAGCGAGGAAGCCGAGGUGAGAGCGCUCUAUUGCCUCAGAUUGAUGCACCAUGCCGGAGCACCGUGGCCGGCCAGCUGGAGGAACGCACCGACCCUGUUUACCACCAUGGACGUGGGUAAGAACCGUGGCUUGCACUUGUACAAGUUCAUUAGCACGAGCGAUAUGGAAGCCUCUGGGCACAUACACGAUGACCGCGUCGUGAUCGAGUGCGACGUUACUGUUAUCAAGGAACCACAGGUAGCCGAGAUGGCCGUGAUCUCUGAGGAUCUGGUGGUGCCUCCUUCAGACUUGUCGGUUAACUUUGGAAAAUUGUUGGAGUCAGAGGAAGGAGCAGAUGUGAAAUUCGUUGUUCAAGGGGAGAUUUUCCCUGUGCACAAGAUUAUUGUCGCGACACGAUCACCGGUCUUCAAGGCGCAGCUCUACGGGCCUGUAGGGGAGGGAAACAGAGAGUGCAUAACAAUUGAAGACAUGCAGGCUCCUGUUUUCAAGGCAUUGCUUCACUUCAUCUACACAGACUCAUUGCCCGCAAUGGAGGAUAUUGACAGCGAUGAAAAGGAAAUGAUGAAGCACCUGCUUGUGGCCGCAGAUAGAUAUGCCAUGGAGAGGCUCAAGCUGAUUUGUGGGGGAAUCCUUUGUGGAAGUCUUGAUGUUGAAACUGUUGCGACCACUCUAUGUCUAGCAGACCAGCAUAACUGCAGAAGGCUCAAAGAUGCUUGUAUUGACUAUAUCAACUCUUCUGAUACAAUAAAUGAGGUGGUGGCAAGCCAAGGAUAUCUGCACCUUAAAAGGGCUUGUCCUUCUGUCUUCGUUAAUAUGUGGGAGAAAGAGAAAGCAGCCAAAUCUCAAAAAAUUUAGUAUCCGCGUCAUCGAUUUAACUUUUAAGCAGUUAGAUUAGUUUGUGCAUGCGACUAGAGAUGAGAUGCCUUAUCCUUUAGUUUGCAGAAGAUAUUCUGGCAAUGAGUAGGUUAUAUGAAAUGUACCUCUGUGCUAGGCUUCUAGCUCAAUUGUAUUAUCCUAAGACCUUUUUAUGUACUACGUCAUCAAUGUAUUACUUUUAUAACUUUCGUUUUGUGUGUUCAAACCGCCGAGUCGUCAGUUAGCCGAACAAUACUAGCAUGUGAAAUUGUGAUGAAUGAUUGGCCAA